CCCCUCUCUCUCUCUCUCUCUCUCUCCCUCUCUCAAAUUAUGUGAGAAGGCAUGCUAGAAUCCAACAUGGAGAUCCUCCUUUUAGUCAUCCCACUUAAAAAAACACAAACAGCCCCAUCUCUCUCUUGUGUCCAAAGAGCCUAACAGACAAGACUCAUACUUACAUAAAGGGGGCUUAUCUUAGCUAUCUUAGUAUUUUUUUUGGAUGUGUGGGUCUUCUUCUCUCUUUGGGUUUGGUUAAAUGGAUACGUUGUUUAGACUAGUGAGCACUCUUCAACCUGAUCACCACCACCACCAGUACCAUAACCAAUCCCUCAACUCCAGCACAACCAAUUCCAGCAGCUCUAGAUCACAAAACCACCCCUACUACCAGGAAGAAGAAGAAUGCUUCAACUUUUUCAUGGAUGAAGAUGACUUCUCCUCUUCCUCUUCCAGACACCACCACCACCACCACCACAACCCUUACCACCACCAACAACAACCACCGUCCACCACCACCACUCCAACCACCACCACCGGCACCCCACCGCUGCAGCUCUCCCACCACGACGUCUCCUUCUCCCCUUCUAGAGACCCGAACAUCGACUUCUCCGGCAAGUGGGCGACCGAAAUCCUACUCGAGACGGCGCGUGCGAUAUCCGAGAAAGACAGCGCGCGUUUCCAGCACCUCAUGUGGAUGCUCAACGAACUCAGCUCACCCUACGGCGACACCGAACAAAAACUCACCUCGUACUUCCUCCAAGCCCUCUUCAGCCGCAUGACCGACUCGGGCGAAAAAUCUCGGCGCACCUUGUGGUCGGCGGCGGAGAAGACGGCGUCGUUCGAGUCGACGAGGAAAACGGUUCUGAAGUUCCAGGAGGUCAGCCCGUGGACCACUUUCGGUCACGUGGCCUGCAACGGCGCCAUGAUGGAAGCAUUCGAAGGGGAGCGAAACCUGCACAUAAUUGAUCUCAGCAACACUUACUGCACCCAAUGGCCCACUUUGCUGGAAGCCAUCGCGACGCGGACCGACGAGACGCCCCACCUCCGCAUCACGACCGUGUGCUCCGGAGGCGGGGCCUCAUCGGUCCAGAAAGUCAUGAAGGAAAUCGGUACCCGCAUGGAGAAAUUCGCGAGACUAAUGGGCGUGCCGUUUAAAUUCAACGUGGUGCACCACGUUGGCGACUUAUCCGAAUUAAAUUUAUCACAACUGGAUGUUAAAGAGGACGAAGCUCUCGCGAUCAACUGCGUCGGCGCGUUACACUCCGUCGCGCCGGGGGGCAGCCGGAGGGACAUUCUGUUGUCGAUUUUCCGGAGUUUGAAUCCGCGGGUCGUGACGGUCGUCGAAGAAGAGGCGGAUUUGGAAGUGGGUAUCGAAGGGUUCGAGUUCUUCAAAGGGUUUCAAGAGUGCUUGAGGUUUUUCAGGGUUUAUUUCGAGACGUUGGAGGAGAGCUUUUCGAAGACUAGUAACGAGAGGCUGAUGCUGGAGCGGGCGGCGGGCAGGGCUGUGGUGGACCUGGUGGCGUGUCCGCCUGGGGAGUCGGGGGAGCGGCGGGAGACGGCGGCGAGGUGGUCGCGGCGGUUGCAUGGCGGGGGCUUCAGUCCUGUUUUGUUCAGUGAUGAGGUGUGUGAUGACGUCCGGGCGCUGUUGAGGAGGUAUAAGGAAGGGUGGGCAAUGGGACAGUGCGCCGAUGAUGCCGCCGGAAUAUUCUUGUCGUGGAAGGAUCAGCCGGUGGUGUGGGCUAGUGCUUGGAGGCCUUGAUUUUUAGUGGCGGUGGUGGUGGGGUCGCAUGUGCGAGUGGAGGUUUCGGCACGUGCAUGAAGGGGUCUGUAGUUUGUGGGGUUUGUUGGGAGGAUUAGGGAGUUUGAAAGAGACUAUUUGCUUUUUCUUUUUCGAAAGUUUUCAAUGAAUGGGAAGUGAGGUAAGAUAUUCCCAUUUUUGAUUAGUAUUUUGGUGAUAUUGCAAUUAAAGAUUUAUUUAGGUUUUA